AUGUCGAGUGAUGGCAAUGGUGAUGCUACUAAAGAGAUUGAUGUUUGGACUUGGUAUCUUUGUCAUGUGCGGAAUGGUUCCUUUGAGGAAAUCUUGGGCAAUGAAGAUUACUAUAAGUUGUUGAAGAAUAAUUUGGUUGAUGAUGUUUUCAACAUUGAUAAAGGGAAUAAAAUUUUCAAAUUGAUUUCAAUUAACUAUCUUAACAAUAACAUUUUACUAGAUUAUUACAAUAAUAUUGUCAAAAAGACAUUGCUAUUAUUGAACAAGUCGAAUUCCAUAGAGUUACAUUAUUUAGUAAUCAACGGCACUUCUUCCCAUAGUAACGAUGAUACUAAUUCAAGUAUUGCCUCUUCAAUAGAAAUAAACUUUAAACCGAAAUUGUCAUCUUCUUUGAAUGCCAACGCUAUUACUAGUGUGAAUGAUAAUCAGAAAAAAUCAAAUCAAUCUCCUUAUUCUUCCCAAAAUACAACAGAGUUAUCCUCUAUUGAUAGUUUCCAAUACUCUGAGGACGUAGAGUCUCUACCCUCUCUAAGUUACGAAAAGAAUCCUAACAACAAUCAAGCAAAAUACCUGAUAAGUAAUAAUGAGCAACAGGAUGCGGCUGCUGAUACAAAUGCAGAUGCAGAAGGAGACGUGAACGUAGAAGACAUUUAUCUAGAUGAUUCAGAUUCAGAUUCCUUAUCAAGUUUCCCUCCAUAUUUUAUAAACGAUCCUAACUUUGGAAGUUAUUUUAAUACCGUUCUACCAACUGUAAACUUGCCCGAUCCAUACGCAAACUUCCAACUAGUGUUGCAAUCAAUUUUAAUAUACAACAGUGAUUCAGAUGAAUUGAUCACGGCGAUAAGACAAUCAAAUAACGAACAGGAUAGUGCAGAUAUCGAUGACGAUUGGUUAUUGUAUGAUUCAAAAUUUUCAAUGACAAACUUACAAAUUUUAUCCUUAAAUGAAUUACUGCAUAUAAAUAAAGAUUAUCCAAAAAUCUUGUUUUAUUCUUUGGUUUCAAUACCAAAUGUAACUGUUAACAUUUCAAAUUAUGAGAAUUCUUCAAAUCCUCAUUUAGAAGAUUACAUCAAUCAUUCAGAUGAUUCUUUAUCAAUCCACGAUACCCCACAACAAUUCUAUCCAAUGAUAGUAAAUGACAAUAAUAAUAACAUUAAUAUUAAUAAUCAUAACAACACACGUAGAAGUAGUGUAGACUAUUAUGAUGAUUCAAUACCACAACAAUUUUAUCCCGAUGAUAUGAAUAUACCCACCAAGGUAAAUACAAAUACAACUAUUGCUCACAGAUCUUAUAGAACUAUUACCAAUGGUAGCUCAAGUUACAUCAAUGAUGGACAAGAAUUACAAAAUAUUAUUACUUUGACGAACACUGUUGGUACAGAAUACCCAUUAGCAAAGUAUUCAACAGCAUUGACAAGUUCAAGUAAAGCUGAAAGAUCAAAAAGUAGAUUGAUUAAUAGCAGCUUGGAUAAAAUUUCAUCAGUUAGCAACAAGAGUAGUAAUAAGAGUAGUAGAAAAUCAAACGAAAACAAGAAUGAUUUGAAAAAAAAUAUUAAAAACGUUGAUAGACUGUCAUCAAAUAAAAAAUCAACAUCGAACAAAAGAUCAAAGAGUAAAAGGAAAAGUGGUAAAAAUUCAGCAUGUAGUAUAAUGUAA